GUGAACCUCCAUGGGGUGGCGCUACUUCCCAAAAGUUGAAACAAAUACUACUCAGUGGAGGGCAGAAGAAGACUUCCCCACGACUUUGGUGUUUAGCAGUACAGACUGUUCUGACCUUCCCACAGCUCCGUGACAAACUGAAAGAUGGCUGGACAGAUGUUUACCAAGUGGUGGCGCGUGAUGGGCCCAUACUAUACCAAGGCCUACCAGGAGAUAUGGGUGGGUCUUGGGAUCAUGACCUACCUGUACUACAAAGUUUCCUAUGGAGGCAAGAAAGCGGUGAAGGACAAGCCUGCACAUUAAGUUUCCCACCAUGCUGAACAACCUUCCACCUGCUGUGUAAUAACACCCCAGAUGUUGUCCAGAAGUCCAGCUUCAUAUUUGAUUUUUUUGUUAAUAUGGAACAAAUAAAGUUAUCUAAAUAUCUAAAACUUAA